AUGCAAGUGUCGGAAGCUCCCUCAGGCCAGCCCAAGUUCCAUCGGCCAUCCCACAACGACAACCUGGGCUUCUCUCACAGCGCCUUCACCACCAACCAGCCCUCUAUUUCUAGCUACUCGGACCGUCACCGAACAAACAUCCCCUCCAUAAACACUGGCCGCAUGUCCAACAUGAACUCCCAGCCUGAGCAGACGCCUGGCACUGCCCUCGACAUGAACUUCACUCCUCUUCUUCCUUCCAACCUCUUGAUUGGCAGCCCUUUCCAGCCUCAGUCGCCAUCGGCCUUUGCUUCUCCAGGCUUCAAUAGCUUCUCCAGCUUCCCUCAGCAGCCUCAGCGUCAGCAGCAGCACAACCAGUACCAGAGCCACCAGAACCAGGCCAUGUCCAUGUCUCCCCCUAUGUACGGCGGCAUGAUGUCGCCUCCUCAGAUGCACGCUCAGAUGUACCAAGGACCUCAGUCUCCCACCCUUGGCUACAACCCCCUGAACAGCCAGUCGCUCAAUGGCCUGUCGACUGCUCCUCUGGGUAUUGCUCCUGGCUUGAUGUCGAGCUCUAGCAGAACCGUCUAUCUCGGAAACAUACCUUCGGACACAUCUGCCGAAGAAAUUCUCAGCCACGUCCGUAGCGGCCAGAUUGAGUCGGUCCGUCUUUUGCCCGACAAGAACUGUGCCUUCAUCUCCUUCCUCGAUGGAAGCUCGGCCACACACUUCCACUCGGACGCCAUCUUGAAGAAGCUGUGCAUCAAGGGUCAGGACAUCAAGAUUGGUUGGGGCAAGCCCUCUUCGGUCCCUACUUCGGUCGCUCUUGCUGUUCAGCAGUCAGGCGCAUCUCGCAAUGUCUACCUUGGCAACCUGCCAGAAGAAGUCUCUGAGGAUGAGCUGAGAGAAGACCUUUCCAAGUACGGUCCCAUCGACACGGUCAAGAUUGUCAGAGAAAAGGCUAUCGGUUUCGUUCACUUCCUCUCCAUUGGUAACGCUAUCAAGGCCGUCUCUCAAUUGCCCCAAGAGCUCAAAUGGCAGCCUCCGCGACGCGUAUACUACGGCAAGGACCGUUGCGCUUAUGUUUCAAAGACACAACAGCAGAACGCUGCUCAAUAUCUUGGAAUCGCUCCCGGUUAUGCACACGUCCUAAACAAUGCUGAUCGCGAUCUCAUCUCAAAUGCUUUGGCUCAGCAAUCCGUUGCUGCUGCUGCCGUCGCAACCACUGCUGGUGGUGUCAACAACUUGGGCAACCGCACUGUAUACCUGGGUAACAUUCACCCCGAGACUACUAUCGAGGAGAUUUGCAAUGUCGUCAGAGGUGGUCUUUUGCACCACAUCCGUUACAUUCCCGACAAGCACAUUUGCUUCGUCACUUUCAUCGACCCUACCUCUGCUGCUUCAUUCUUCGCUCUUUCCAACAUCCAAGGUCUGAUGAUCCACAACAGACGUUUGAAGAUCGGUUGGGGUAAGCACUCUGGAGCUCUCCCUCCUGCCAUUGCUCUUGCAGUCAGUGGUGGUGCCUCGCGUAACGUAUACGUUGGCAACCUCGACGAGACCUGGACCGAGGAGCGUCUUCGCCAGGACUUUUCCGAAUAUGGUGAAAUCGAGUUGGUCAACACCUUGCGUGAGAAGAGCUGUGCUUUCGUGAACUUCACAAACAUUGCCAACGCCAUCAAGGCCAUUGAGGCUGUCCGCAGCAAGGACGAGUACAAGCGAUUCAAGGUCAACUUCGGCAAGGAUCGUUGUGGAAAUGCUCCUCGUCAAGUCGUCGCAAACGGCCAGGGACAAUCUCAGCAAGAAGGCACACAAUCGCCCAGCCCUGUGAGUGGCAUGCGCGGCCAGAACUCCAUCUCCCCCAGCGCUGGCGCAUCGAACAACUACAACCCUCUUCAGGGACCCACCGCUUCGACUAUUCUCAACGCUGGAGCCAACAACCCUCUGGCAAUGUACCUCGCCGCUGCCUCGCAAGUGCAGUCUCAACCCUCAUCUUCGCCCAACGAUAUUAGCCCUCAGUUCGCACAGAUGAGCCUGUCACAGCCGCAACAACAGCAACAGCAGCAGCAGCAACCACAGAUGACCACCCAGCAAGCCUUCUACAGCGGAGACUCCAACAUGCCUACGCGAUCUACCGCUCUUGAAGCGCCCUCGCACUUUGGUCACCACGCCACUCACUCCGUCAACUUGAGCAAUGGACUCUCGAACGGCUUUGGUGGUGGCAACGUUGGUGGUAACGGUAUGCAGUCUAGCCAGAACAGCGCUUCAAGAAGCCAACACUCUCGCACUGUUAGUCUGCCUGUCUUUUCGCAGCCUCAACCUCAGCAUACCCAUCAACAGACCUUUGCCGGACUUGGCGCAGGACUCGGUGGCUUUGGCAACAACAACUCUUACGGCUUGGCCAUUUCCGCUGACCGCGGUCUGCCUGGCUGGGAAGAGGAAGAGCCUGUCAACUAA